GAAUUUCAUGAAUAUAAAAACAAAAGUUUGAUUAACAACCAAAAUAACUAUUAAAUUAUAUUUUGAUUUGAUUUCAUCGCUGAUAAAGUCGCCUCUCUCGUCGCAGCCAGUCUUCUUCUCCCUCUCUCGCUUUUCAGAUAAAAUUCUCUCUGAUUUCUUAUUCAACACAAAACCUCAAGAGCUUCCCAGGAAUCCUAACAAAAGUACGGAUUUUUAAGGAAAAAAUCAAAGCUGUCCUUUUUUCUCUGUGUUUAGGUCUUUUUGUAACCCAAAGAGCUGGAAUACACUGAUCUCUGAGAGCUGUCUGAAAACUUGGUUUAACUGUCCAAAGAAUGGCUUGCUGCUGCUGUUGUUUCCCGAGUAUACCUGAAAGCUCAAGAACUAUAGAUGAGCAUGUUCCUUUAUCUCUUGCCCCACGUUCCUCCGUGGUUUACUCUGCACCGCUUCAGCCGCCUAUUCCUAUAGAAUUUUCGCCAAGAAAUCUUCAAACUCCAUCGAAAUUGCCUAUAACUCAGAGCAAUUCGAGUGAAGGAGCUCGUGGAGUCGCACACGCCGUCCCGGAGAAGGAGACAUGGUCUGUUGGUGACCUAACUGAUACUGAUCUAAAGAAGAAGGAUCGAGAAACCAUCGACGAGUGUCCUAUUUGCUUAGAAGAGUAUGAGACAGAGAACCCGAAAUUGCUCACGAAAUGUGGCCACGACUUUCAUCUCGCCUGCAUUCUUGAAUGGAUGGAAAGAAGUGAGGCUUGUCCAGUUUGUGACAGGGAAUUGGUACUCAGUGAAUCAUAAUGACAAAAAAAGAAGAACAAUAAGAAAAGUACAGAAGAUUUGAUUAAACUGGCAUUUAGGUGUUAGUCUGGUAAUGUGAUGAACAUUGUUAACUCUACUUCAUUCAUAAGCUUGAGUUCCUUGUGAAUUGUUUAACUUGUUCUUACCAAUAUUUUGAUUAUUUUAUAUCAAGACACAAGAUACAGAAGAAGAAAUUAGGAUCUUAGACAGAAUUUAUAUUUGAUUGUUUGAUAUACUUUCAAAAACUCUAUAUUCACCAUUUGUUUCUCAGUCUGAAUAAAUUAGAGGAAAAGUUAGAAGAAGAGCCCGAAAACUUCAGAGAUUUUACUGUGUAAAAAGAAGAUUUCUCUGACAAAUUUCUUACAUAACAGUUUUUUAUUACUAAACCCUCUGUAUAAAUCUAACUUUUUAACUUUUACAACAAGAUAGCCCUAAAACCCCUCUCUAUUACGGUGAUCUGUUAUGAAUAAAAGUCUCGUUAACUUGCUUAAUGUCUCUCGAGCCGACACAGUCCCAGGAUGAUCCUCUCCUGAGAUUGAGGUCCUUAUGAAGAUUGCUUUUCUGAUCAGAUCAUCAGCCAAACCAAACUGCCCUCCACGUAUCAUCAGCUUAGCUCGAGUCUCUAGCACAGUGGCUCGAGCCAGAGCAAGUUCUUCCCAUAGAACAGGGUUUAGCUGUGCGCUUGUCUGAACCGGUCUCCAGCAAAGGGACUUGUCUAGCCACUUCUCCACCGGCGUCACCAGCGUUUGGCCAGCCGCUUCAAGAGCGUUUGUGCAGACCCUGAGCAGCUCCACUGCGGCGCUGCACCGCGAAAACGUUAUGAAAGUUCUGAUCGCCAGAGGCAAGAUUACUUGCUUCACAAGAAUCAGCAGCUCUGUUAUCUUCAGCUGAAGAGUCGGAGCCUCGUUGCUGAAUCCAAACAGCAAGAAACAAACCGCCCAUAUCUGCUCCGCGGUUUCAACGGUCGAGCCGCGGCUUAUCACCGCUUGUACCAUCGCAGGAGCGUUCUCGUUCACCAGUACCCGCUUCCUUGCGUAGAGCUUCACGAGCUCGUGGAUCUGUAUAAACCCUAUCUUUAUGCUGCUGGUUCGAGCAAUGUUGAACCUAAGCAGCAUCGAAGCGGCUUCAGCUCCUGAUCUCUUGGAGUUCGAAGACGCGAAACCGCAGGUUAUAGCGCGUCUCAGCCUACUCCACAGCCGUUUCGGACCUCUGUGUUUCUCAGGAAGCUUAUAAGCAGCCGAGGCCAACAGAGAAGCCGGAACCGGAGCCGGAGCUAACCACCCGCUCGCAACAACCAUUCUCGUAGCCAAACUUCUCCGUCCAUCGGCGUGAUCAAAGAUGGAAAAACACACUUCAAACAGCUGCAAAAGAAACGCGCUUCUCCUCAACAAGCUCCCGUCACGGCCACUACAUGACGUUUCUCUCAACGGCAUUCUGUUUAUGGUAUCCAAAAGCCGGCUAGGAUUUAUCGGAAGCUCUGACAAUAUCGCUCCCACGACGGCUAAUCCAAGCGUUAACCUCCCGAGUUUCUCCUCAAUCGCUCUCAACGCGUCCAUUUCCGGAACCGGAUAGUCUUUGACGCUCCCCUGCAUCAACGACAUAGCUUCAGCGCCAGAGAGAUAAGAGAGUUUCAUCGGCUCCAUGUUCAUAACUCGAGAGAGACGAGUAGAUAUCAAGAUGUGUGUCCCUCCACCAAACCGAGGAAGAAGAUCCAUCACAAGCUUCGAAUCCCACCAGUCUUUUUCGCUCUCCAAGUUAUCGAUCACAACCAAGAACGGUAUGUUCCUCAUCAGCUCUUUCCUGAUCCUGGAAAUCGCAGCGUCUUCUUGCUCCUCGAAGCUCUUCAUCCGAGUUUUAUCAGAACUAUUCUCUACACCGACGUCUACUUCCAAGUACUGAUAAAGAUUCAGGUAGUUCUGUCUGAUGUAACGGCUCUCACCGCCUAUCCAAAGAACCAUCUUGUACCUCUGGUGAUGCCUGUAAGCAAACUCAAGAAGCAGCUCUGUUUUUCCAAUCCCGGAUUCACCGGAGACGCAAGCCACGCCUUUCCCGUAAACAACCUUCAUAGACCGCUUCCUCCUCGUGCUCCUCCCUACCUUCACCUGGUUCCUCGAUGGUAGAUCAGUGCUCUGCAUCUCUAUCUCCUUCUCCGACUCUUUCCACACAACUUUCUCUUUCCCUUUCUUCCUCCUCUCUUCCGCUGAACCGCUUUUGUUCCAGCCAAGCGUCACAUUCUUCUUCCUCCUCGUCGUCGGUCUUGCCUUUAACUCAAAGUAAUCCCUUUCAGAAUCUCCAGCAACAUCUCCGAACAAAAUAAACUCAAGCUCAGAUAACUCCUUCGUCCUCCCAACGAAACUCUCGUUCCUCGGAUACGGAAACUCCUCCUUCUCCGCUUUAUCCCGCCAUUUCGUCAACCGUUCAACUAUACUUCUCCUCCCUAACCUCAUCGCCAAUAACGUAACCGCCCUGAACACACAGUCUCUCCAGUUACCUUCAUGAGCUUCGAGCUUCCAAUCAUCAACACGAGAUAACCCGUGAACCGCCUCUUUCCACUCUUUCUCAAUCCCUCCGUACAAAUCCCAAAGCUCUCCUCCGUGUUUCUCCCACAAAACUCCUCUCUUUUCGACUAUAUCUCUCACGAGACAGUCCCCUGGAGAAAGGUCGAAGAAAACCGGAACCAGAUUCUUCUUGUUCGCGAAAAACCGUAGCUCCUCGAUCGUGUAAGGGUUCUUGAACGCCUUCCUCGUUAGGAUUAUAACACCGAAGGAAGCACCGUCCAUGGCUCUCUCGACUAUCCUCUGUGUCUUGGAACUCCUGCACCUUCCUCUGUCCGACAUGAAACAACUCAUCCCUUGAAACUCCAGCUCAGCUCUGAGCCAAUCAGCAAACCGAAGCAGAGAAGGCUUCUGACCGUGCAGUCCUAAGAAGACAUCGCAACAUCUCACCCUGUUCGAUUCGUUCAGCCUCGACGUUCUGAGACUGAGGAGGUGCGGCUGAAAAUCCGAGCUCGGGUGGUUCUUGAAAGCCUGAGCUGGAGCUAAGAGGGUCGAAGCUGUCACAGCGAGCAUCGGAGCGAGUUGAUUCGGAGAGUUCUUGUUGGGUUUUGGGAGAUCUUGGAGAGAAAAACGGAGACUGGUUAGCUGAGAAGAAAGCAGCUGAUGAAGAUGAAGACAUGUUCCUAGAGGGCUUUGUCGGGUAUUGCCCGAACCUGGAGCUGUCACCUCGCGAAUCCAUGACCAAGAUUUGCUCUUUAUUGACAAUCUAUCAAAUCCCAUAAAUGCAGCUUAUGUUUCCAUAGAAGCCAAUACAGCUCGGCGUAUGUGAAUGUGUUAAUAAACCAUCAACAAGAACAUCUUGAGCUCUUUCUAUUCGAGAAUCAAUUAAACCCAGAAGAAUGAUGAACCCUAAAAAACCGAAUUUUUUCCUGAUUUUGGAAAUGAAGAAUGCGAGAAUUCACUGGAAUCUCUACGGUUUGAUUGAAAGCCCACCUGAAGAAGGGGAAGCCAAGCUCGUGUUAAAAACAAAAAAAAAUCCUUGAAGAAGAGAGACUAUUAAUCAAUGAGAAAGGAGUUGAUAGUGAGAGAUAGAAAGGUUUAAAAGAGAGAAUAAGAAGACGAAUAACACUAGAGCUUUCAUAGAGUAGUCGAAUGCAUCGCCAUUUACAGAUAGACUUUGAAAAAGACUUAAAUUUUGUGUUUUAAAAAAAGAAAUGAAAAAACAGGGGAGACAAAAGUUGAGAUAUUUUUAAUGGAAUAUUCAAUAGAAAAAUGGAGUUUUGAUCAAAACCCAGAAGAGAACAAGAAAUGUUUCUUAAGACCCAGAAGAGGAAACAUCAAACAAGCGUGGGAUUUUGGAGACUUUUGAACAAU